AUGCAGUGGAAGUACUGCACCCGCAGCUCGCGCAUUGGCUGCAAGGCCACGGUCGACACCGACGGCUGGGUGCGGCCAGGCAAGGGCAAGCGCGGGCGCGGCAAAACUCGAGCCGUGGCAGCUGGGGGCACGCUUGACAGCACGGCCAGUGGCUCGGAGGCCAGCGGCCGACUCGGCGAGCUGCAGAAGGACAUCGGGUACCUCGAAGCCUUCCCCGUUCCCGCGGGCCUCGGCGUGGCGCACGUGGACGAGCAGCUGGUGGCCCUUCGAGUUCAGCGUGAUGCGGCGGCCGCGGCGCUGGCAGCUGAUACCGAGGCAGGCGCGCAGCGCGCGGUGUCAGAGCGAGACCUGGAGGCCAUGCGGGGUCUGUUCGUGCAGCUCCGCACGCUGCCGACGGCUCACACGGGUGGCAGCUUCGCUCGCGCGUGGGAGGGCACGAUGGAGCAGCUGGCAGCGGUCGAGGCCUUGUUCUUCGCCCCAGAGUCCAAGGCGCAGCUGCAGCAGCGCGAGCGCCGGGGCGACAGCUGCCCCCUGGAUGGCGGCGCGGUCGACUCCGACUCGGACGCCGACCUGCUGGAGCCGCAGCCAGCUGAGGAGCGAGGCCAGGCGGCUCGGCGCGGCCCUGCUGCUGGAGGCUGGACCAAGGUUGCGCCUGGCCUGAUCAGCUCGCCGGCGACGGAGGCGGCCGACCUGGGCCCACUGGCAACGGUCACCCUUGUUGCGGCCGAGGCGCAGGGCAGGAGGAUCCUUUAG